GCCGAAAACUCGCCUCCGUCGGUCGGCUCGGCUGCGGCUUGGCUCAAUCCGGCAAGGCGGUGGAUACCCCAGGCUCAGUGUCCCUAUACAACGGGCAAUAACAUCAUCAGUUCGACUCAUCGCCAUCUGUCCUUCUCAACUGCCAAGAACUUGUUCUCUGCCGUCCCCGCAACUCCCAUAUAAACCGGCCUGGCUCCCACCUUCUCACUGGGACUUUUGAUCGCUGCUUCUUCUCCAAAGUCACAUCUCUUGAAUACGUUGCAAUCAUGAGACGACUCUCUCUGCUGCUGCUUGGUUGUCUGAAUGCCCUUGUGGCAGACGCCACUACGGCCGUUAACCGCUCCUCGCUUCUGACCUAUGCGUCCAAGCCCCGCGUCUUCGUUCUCUCGGACAUCUCCAAUGAGCCCGAUGACACAGAAUCCUUUGUGCGAUUCCUGCUCUACAGCAAUCAGUUCCAGAUCGAAGGCAUGACGGCCGUCACUUCCACCUGGCUGAAAGACAGUGUGUAUCCCGAGCAGAUUUCGGCAGUGGUCGAUGCAUAUGCCGAGGUGGUGGACAACCUGAACCAGCACACUUCACCGUCCUCCCCAUACCCCUCAGCGGAGUACCUCCACAGUGUUGUCAAGUCCGGCCCAGCUGUUUACGGAAUGCAAGGCGUUGGUCCCGGCCAAAACCUCAGUUCCGGCGCAGAGCUGCUGCUGAACCGACUCCGCCAACCGGUCGAUGAACCCCUGUGGGUCCUCGGGUGGGGCGGGGUGAACGUGCUUGCCGAGACCCUGUACUACAUCCAGCACAACUUCAACGCGACCGAGGCGGCCCGUCUCCGCGGCCAGCUGCGCGUCUACACCAUCUCCGACCAGGACGACAGCGGUCUGUGGAUCCGGGAGCAAUUCCCUGACAUCUUCUACAUCGCCUCCAUGCACGGCUGGAACCAGUACGGCCUGGCCGCCUGGGCCGCCAUCUCCGGCGAGGAAUACUACAAUUUCGACGUCGGUGGCCCGGACUUCACCAAGGUGUCCGCCGCCUGGCUGAAGAAGAACAUCCAGAUCGGGACCUACGGCAAGGAGUACCCGGACUACAAGUUCAUCAUGGAGGGGGACACCCCGACGUUCUUGUAUCUCAUCCAGAACGGUCUGGGCGUGCGCGAGCAGCCCGACUACGGGUCCUGGGGCGGCCGCUACUCCCUGGUGGAUCUCUCGCAGCAGGUGAAGUACCGGCAGUACAGCGACGCCGCCGACCGGGUCAUCGGCCAGAACAACCGGACCUACACCUCCAACCACGCGGCUAUCUGGCGGUGGAGAGACGCGUAUCAGAAUGACUUUGCCGCCCGCAUGCAGUGGGCCCUCCCCGCCAACGAGAGCAAGGCCAACCACCACCCCGUGGUCAUGGUCAACGAGCAUGCCGACCUCACCCCGCUGGUCAUCGCCUCGACGCCCAAUGCGACCGUGACGCUGGAUGCGUCCGGGACUUACGAUCCCGACCGUGACAGCCUCUCGUUCCGGUGGUUCCAGUACAAGGAGCCCGGCUCGACGGAUUGGAACGUGGACAACCAGAUCCCGACGUUGAACUUCACAGUUUCUGGGAACGGACAGCGCGCACAGGUCACGAUUCCCGGCGCGGAUGUGGUUUGCGACGGCAAGAGCUCCAACGCCUCCGGCUGCUGGACCCUCCACCUCGUCUUGGAGGUCACCGACCACGGCGCGAUCCCGCUGACGACCUACAAGCGCGUGCUGUUCGAGACGACGAACACCACUCGGUCGGAGUGACUAGUGCAGGAUACAACGGUGUGGGAAAAAUGGGAGGUCCACGAUUGGGUGGAGUAUGACAUCGAUUUGGAGGACUAUUGGGUCGGUGAGGACUGGGAGGAACCGAUCUUGGGCCGCGAUU